AUGCAGAACUCCAGCUCAUCAACACUUCCACGGAAGAAGGGCAAGACUGGAGUGAAGAAGGCCGGGGUAAAGAAGAAUGCGGUAAAGACCGCUGGCAAGAUAAAGACCGCUGGCAAGAAAAAGGCCACUUCAUCUACUAGUGCAGUUCACCUUGCCGCUCCUACUCAUCCUUACCCCGUGCAAACCCAGUAUGCACCGACAUAUGCGCCACUUCCGCAGACACAAACUGUCGUUCUUGAGAAGCCAAUCGGAGGUAAUCGAAAAGGAAAAUACUCGUCAUGUCUACUCGUGUUCCUAGCCGUUAUUUCCUAUCUGGUGGCCAUCAUUUUGGGCCUUUAUAUCAUGACUAGCUGCAUCUCGACAACGGCAAAAGUUAACGAAAUUUACCUCGCUGAACUCUCAACAAACGCGACAUCCACCAUCUCACUUCGUGUAGGCUACUUUGGAGGAUGUGUGUCGGUCACCGAAGGAGCUGAUGCAUACUCUCCCGAUGGAAAUUCCACACAAACGUCCACCAACUGCGUCUCCAACAUGCGACGCCAUGAUCGGGAGGAACUAAGCGAAGACCUUUGGGAGCCUCUACACCUCGACUCGGGUAGUACCCAAGCCGACGUUCAAUCUUUUCUAAAUACCACCCUCCCACAAGUCAAACACCUCCAAGAGGAUGUUUUCUUCUGCCAACCUCCCAUCGCUCAUGUCCUCCUGUUUUUCAUCUCGGGAAUCAUGCUCCUCGUUGCUCGCACAGGCACAUCCAGGAAGAAGUCAUACAAGGCAAUGAUAGUGAUAGCACUCAGUUUGAGUGCCUUUGCGCUUGCCCUCGCGCUAGUGACCAUCCUCGGUUCUUUACAGGGCAUGAAUGCGUUGCUCAAUAGCUCUUCAUCUGGGCAGCAAAGAGACCUUGGCAAUUCCUUGUAUAUAUCCCGUGAUAAAGGUAUGCUGGGGCUCCAAGGGGCUCUUGUUGGUAUUGUCGUCGUAUUCUAUGUCUCAAUGGGGGUACUCUUUGUGCAGAGGACAGAAGAGGGAGGGAUUGGGUAUAUAGUCCAGGCCUUCCAAACUGUAGGGAGACCAUUGAGGAAGAAGUGGGGAAGAAGAGGAUACUAG